GCACACAUGUUGACAACAUAUGUCGUACGUUGUAAAAGUACCAAAGAGGUACAUAAAUAUAAGUUUACAUCCGCGAUGCAACAUAAAACAUAAUGUACUGUUGCAUAGUACUCACGUUAUUGCUGGCAGUUAUCGCAUCGAUCGAUGCGAGGCGGUUCCGAUGCGACUAUAAAUAUUUUCCCAAAGCUGGAGGGUACCUAAAGCUGCAAAGGAUCCCCGCGAAUUGGAGGGAAGCUCGGCUAAGAUGUCACCUUGAAGGAACGAAAAUUGCAUCACCUCUAAAUGAUGAGCUGAAGACGGCCAUGAUGUCAAUGAUGGAUGUAACUCCCAAGCUCAAGUGUGGGGUAUUUCUGGGCAUUCAUGCAACAUUCUCUAGAGGAGACUUCUUCUCCGUGGAAGGAGUACCUCUUUCCCAAAUUCCCCACAAUUGGGCGGUUGGUGAGCCUGACAACUAUAAAGACGCAGAGAGCUGUCUUCUCAUGACAGAGAAUGGGGAAUUCGCUGAUGUCAACUGCGAGGAAACAUAUCCCUAUUUCUGCUACAAGAAAACUUCGAAUUCACUUGUUAUGAACAGUUGCGGUACGACAGAUCCUGAGUACGUAUUUGACAGUCGUACAGGCAGCUGCUACAAGUUCCACACGGUUCCACGCACCUGGUCCAGAGCCUACAUGGCCUGCGCUGCAGAAGGAGGAUACCUGGCUAUUAUCAACAGCGAUACUGAAGCUCAGGUGGCAAAGGAAAUAUUCGCUAAGUACCCCGGAGGUAAGAUUCUGGGUAAUUUCUGGAAGGACGUAGCUUUCAUCGGCUUCCACGACUGGGGAGAGCACGGCGAGUGGCUCACAAUCAAUAGUGACACACUCCAGGAAGCCGGUUACAGCAAGUUCUCGGGUGGAGAACCCAAUAAUGCCACCACAGGAGAAUUUUGUGGAUCUAUCUACAGGAAUGGCAUGUUUGAUGAUCUGUGGUGUGAGAACCGAUAUGCCUUCAUCUGUGAGAAGGACCCUGGAAGCCUUAUGUGUGAACAAGACCAAUAAAUUAUCGAUAAGAAUUUGCACCGUCACCUGAUUAAUAAAUGAAACUACAAAAAAUCUGAUAUUUCGGAUUCAUAUUUAUUGGCGUGACAAUUUCAAGUGAGGAUUGAAAAAUCUUUUUGAUUGUAACAUUGUAAAAUUCAAUGGUGUAAAAUAAAAUAAACGUGUUAUAUAAACUUA